CAUUUUUUUUGCUAGUAUGGUACUACUGGGGGAAUUGUCACCAUAGUUUAGUAGUACAAAAGUGCUCCUUUUUUUGUAGUUGAAGUACAUAGUGUUCUUACUGCAACCUAAAAUUAAGAAAUGGGUAUGUGUGUACUUGGUUUGAUAUCAGAUACAAUGUCUGACUGGUCAAAUAUCUAGGUGUUUAACGAAUCCAAGAGUAAACAUCGCGGUUCUCUCAUGUUCAACUCAAAAUUGUCUCUCACUUGUGAUAUUUCACCCGUCCUCUCUGUGAAGUCACAUGGGCGCUUCCUCUGUCCCGUGACUUUUGUUUAAACCGUACAGUCUGAGUCUGUGGUUGAGAGGCGGGCGGUACAGUCCCAGCCGUGCUGCAGUAUGAGAGUACGCGAUCAUAAUCUCUCGGUGGAUCGUUAUAUAAUAGUUUUAUGUUUUCAUAAGGUCUUGCUGUCUGUUGUUCACAGCGCGCUCUUUCCCAUCCGUCAUGUCCCGGGGGUUUGAUCACGAGAUCUGAGGCUGCACCGAAAACUUUCUAACGUUACCUGCGAUUCUUUAAAGAAACGAAAACAACUCGACAAGAUGCUUUGAUGAAACAUAUCGGUUUCAGGACAUCCUGCAUCCACAUCGCCAAAACGAGUAGUUUGGUUUCCUUGUGGUUUGUGUAGUUUCUUCCUAAAAGCGGAAGUUAUACCGCUUUUAGACUGACGUUGCUGCAGUUGUUCAUCGGGACAGGUUCCUCUUUUUCAGACCAUGGCAAACGAGCACUCACCUCUUCUUGUUCACGGGGUGUACAGCAUGAUGGGUGAUGCUGAAGUUUCCAGGGGUGGCUCAGCAGAGACUGGAGAGGGAUCCCCCGAAUCAAACCCCCGCAAACUCAACACCUUCUUUGGCGUCAUGGUGCCCACCAUCCUCUCCAUGUUCAGUAUUGUGCUCUUUCUUCGCACAGGUUUUGUAGUGGGUCAUGCCGGUCUUCUCCAUGGUCUCCUCAUGCUGUUUGUGGCCUACUUCAUCAUCUCCUUGACAAUCCUGUCUAUAUGUGCUAUUUCAACUAAUGGAGCAGUGGAAGGGGGCGGGGCCUACUUCAUGAUCAGUCGUUCUCUGGGACCAGAGUUUGGAGGCAGUAUCGGCCUGAUGUUUUACUUGGCGAAGGUAUGUGCAUGUGGCGUUUAUGUACUCGGUCUGGUGGAGGCCAUACUGGACGUCUUUGGGAAGGAUCCAGGCUCUGCUGUGUCACAAGGGCUGCAUGUGUUGCCACAGGGCUACUGGUACACCGUGUUGUACUCCUCUCUAGUGCUGUUGCUGUGUCUGGUGGUGUGUCUGGUUGGUGCUCAUAUCUACGCCAAAGCCUCUUUUAUCAUUCUGCUUGUGGUGACGAUGUCACUGAUCUCUAUCGUCAUCAGCCCCCUGAUACUCAGUCCACAGCGCUUUAACAUCACACACACAUACGGCAAUAACCACACGGUCACUGUCAACCCCAGCUACACAGGAUUCAACGGGCAUAAAACCGUUAAUUUAUAUAAUUACUGCACUGGCAUGAAUAUUGUCCAAAUGUCUCCUUCUGUAGCUCAGUACUCUCUGGACUACAGUACCAACACAAUGAUGUCUUUCGCCACUGUAUUUGCUGUGAUGUUCACCAGCUGCACAGGCAUCAUGGCAGGAGCCAACAUGUCGGGUGAGCUGAAGAACCCCAGUGAGUCAAUACCUAAAGGGACCAUCAUAGCGGUGUCAUACACCUUCACUGUUUAUCUGCUUCUCUUCCUGCUGCUGAGCUCUACCUGUGACAGGUUGUUGUUAAUCAAUGAUUACGCAGUGUUUCAGCGGGUGAAUGUGUGGCCUCCAUUUGUGACGAUUGGGGUGUACUGCGCGUCUCUCUCAGCUGCUAUGUGCUCCAUGAUAGGAGCUUCUCGAAUCCUCCAUGCACUUGCUCUGGACCAGCUUUUUGGUCUGCCUCUGGCUCCGGCUGCUGUAACCUCCAGCUCUGGGAACCCGUGGGUGUCUGUGCUCUACACCUGGGGUCUGGUGCAGUGUACACUGUUUGCAGGACAACUGAAUGUGAUUGCUGGUAUUGUGACAGUGUUUUACCUGUUAGCGUAUGCGGCGGUUGAUUUGGCUUGUCUGGCUCUGGAAUGGGCCUCUGCUCCAAAUUUCAGGCCAACAUUUCAGUUUUUCUCUUGGCACACAUGUCUGUUGGGUAUUAUAAGCUGUGUGGUAAUGAUGUUCGUGAUAAACCCAGUGUAUUCCUCAGCCAGUAUUGCGCUGCUGCUGCUCCUCCUACUGUUCCUACACUACCGCUCUCCCACCAGCAGCUGGGGUUACAUCAGCCAAGCGCUUAUCUUCCAUCAGGUGAGGAAGUACCUUCUGAUGUUAGACUCCCGUAAGGAUCAUGUAAAGUUCUGGCGGCCUCAGGUCUUGCUGAUGGUGGCGAACCCACGCUCCUCCUGUCAGCUCAUCUGCUUUGUCAACCAGCUAAAGAAAGGAGGGCUGUUUGUUCUUGGGCAUGUGCAGAUUGGAGAUCUGGAUGUGUUUCCAGCAGACCCAGUGCAGCCGCAGUAUAAUUUCUGGUUGAGUCUAGUGGAUAAGUUGGGUGUGAAGGCCUUUGUGGAUCUGACUCUCUCUCCGUCUGUCAGGCAGGGCACUCAACAUCUGCUCCGCAUCACUGGACUAGGAGGCAUGAAGCCUAAUACCCUGGUCUUGGGCUUCUAUGACAACUGCUAUCCAGAGGACUACUUCCUGCAGGACCCUGUCUUUUGUGAGGGUGAUAGGGGUGAGGGGGAUAAUUUCGGGGUGGACCUUCCAUCCUUACAGGCUCACUUUCCACCCGUGCGCCACGCCGAGAGCCCUCGCGGUCUGCAGCCCGAGGAGUAUGUGAGCAUCAUCUAUGAUGCCAUAAAAAUGGGCAAGAACGUUUGUUUAGGCCGCUACUUUUUCCAGUUGCCACCUGAGAGCAAAGGCGUAACAUACAUAAAGGGAAAUGACAAUGUGGACACCAUUGACGUGUGGCCAACAAACCUACUGUCUCCAGGCAGUGCCAGUUACGCAGACGUGUGCAGUCUUUUCCUGCUUCAGAUGGCGUGUGUGUUAAACAUGGCCAAUAGGUGGCGCCGUGCCAGGUUACGCAUAUUUGUCUGUGUGGCAACAGAAUCGGGAGACCAGGGCUGGCUCACCAAUGAGGAGCAGUUUAGAGAGUUGCUGGGAAUGCUGAGGAUUCGUGCCACUAUUAAGAUUGUGGCGUGGGAUAACGUGGCAUGCAUGUUUAGAGGGCCAAAUUCAGAGGGUCAAAAAGUGUCAGAGGAUUUCUUGUGUGCCAUGAACGCCUUGCUGAGGGAACACAGCUCUACGGCAGCAGUCCGCUUCUUGUAUUUGCCCCACCCUCCCUCCAAUUCUGAGCUUUCACAGCAGUACCUGACGCAGCUGGAUAUGCUGACGCGAGACCUGGGCCCAACUCUCUUGAUUCACGGAGUCACACCGGUCACAUGUACUGAACUCUGAGAAACAAUAACCAAAACAUGUUUGUGUGAUCGAGAGGAACAUCUGAAAUGUUGAGUGAGUGGAAUACAAGUGUAUUUGAUUCCUAAUAUUCUCAAAUGGUGGAUGAUUUUGAGGACCAUAUCUCAUAAACUGCUGAAUUAUUUCCUCUGGGUUAAAAUGUUAUUUAAAAACAGAUGGAUGGAGUUUGUGUCAUUGGUGAAAACAGCUAUUUUGUGUUCAUGGGUAUAUACUGGCGAAUCAUGAUGUUGUGCGCAGUUAUUUUUGUGUUCUCCAUGCGCCUCCAUCUGUUCUCAUUAACAGUAAGUUUAGAGUUCUUGGAAAGUGAGUGCUUGCAUAUUCUGUUAUCCAUGUUUAUGUGUUUGUGCAAGAUGCAAUAUGGAAAAAAAAUGUUUGACUAAUUAGGAUGGAAAGAGUUUGUCUUAAAUGAGAUGUGGUUACAGUUGCACUGUAAUAGGGAAAAGUUAAUCUGUUUGUUCACUUUUUGUUAUUGUAAUGCACUGUUGGAGGAUUUUGUUAAUCAUUUUUGCUUUUCUUGGUAUAAAACAGACCCUUUGAACCCCUUGUGACCCAGUUACAGCUUGUGAGCCCUUGUGGGUUUGGGUCAUUGUUGGUGUCAUGGCAGAACUUGAACUGAAUUUGUGCAUUCAUAGUUUAUUUACUGUCAUUUGGGCAAUUAUAUAGACAUGUAAUUUAUUAUUA